UAAGGAGAGUGAAGACAACUGUCAUGAUUAUCCGUCAGUGAUAUUCCAAACGAACAAACGACCUGUCAAAAUACAUGAAUUUGACUCGUUUGGAAUGACACUGACAAAUAAUAAUUGUUCCAAUUUUGACAGUGUCGUCACUCUCCUUAUAUGCACUCAGCAGAUACCAGAGUGUUCCUGGCGCUGGCAGAAAAAUUAGAAAAAGUUUUGUUUGUAUCUUGUUUUUACCGUUGUGGAAAUUGUGAGAUGAUCGAUGAAAGUAGCGAUUUCGAGGAUUCAGCAGAUUGCAGUGAAUCUUCGGAAUCUUCCGAAGAAUCGUGCGGAAACCAAGAGAUGGUUGCGAGUCGAACUAAGCAAGUGCUUUGCGAAUUGCACGAACAAGAACUGAAGCUAUUCUGUUUGAGCUGCGCGAAAUUGAUUUGCGCUGACUGCUUCCUAGUUGAUGGAGCUCAUAUGCGCCAUAUGAUUGAUUACGUGCCAAAGGUGUAUGAUGAGAAACAAAUGAAAUUACAGGAAAAAUUUGUAAUAUUGGAGGAUCAUGUCCAACGCCUGCAGCAGGAUGUCGCUAAAAGCGAACAAAAUUUGAAGUUUAUUCACGACGCAGAACAAACGGUUAUCCAAGAAAUUGAAGCGCUUUGUUUGAAGGCCAAGCUGAGCGUGUCGCGGUUAACUGCUAAGCGCAAACAAACACUUCAAAUGUACGCCGAAGUUGCAACAAAUAUGCAAACAUUAAAUAAAAUAAUUCAAGAAAAGGCGAAGCAUUUACGAAUGGAAGAGUUUAUCGAACAGGAGCGAUCAGUUCACCAACAAUGCGAUGAAUUUAUCGCCGGUUGUGUAGAACAUCGCUUUUCACCAGCACAGUUUGAGGAUAUUGGAUGCGACUUAUUGCCUCCGUACGAAAUGAGAACUUACACGUUACGCAAUUUCGAUAAGACUACUGAUUGGCAUUUUAGAAUGAGAUUAUCCUGUGAUAUUCUAUGGAACGUCUCCCUAAGUAAAACUAAUGACUUUUCAGUAUUAGGGAUUCCGAGUGACAAUGAGAUGAAUAAUUUUUCAUUCAAGCUGCUGGUAGUGAUCGUGCACGACGACAUGCGAAAGACAAUCCAGAAGAGUUUUCUUUUGGAUGGCGAUCUAAAAGAGGAAAAAAUCGCAACUGUUUCAUUACUUACGUCAGAAGGAUUUGUUAACAAGGAUAACGAACUGGUUGUGAAGAUUGGUUUAAGACCUCAGAACGUGUUGGUAGAGAAUCAAAUCUUGAAAAGUUUAAAUGCUGUACAAAGCAAGUUCUGUGUAACGUACUUUAACCUCGAACUCUCUGCAGCAACAAACAAGAAGUCUGAUUCGACAUUGUUAGUGGACCGCGCCAAUCGUAAUUGGUGUCUGCGGGUGCUCCCCUUUAAGCUUUCCGCUCCCAAUUCAAAACUUGGGCUAUUUAUUAUUUUGCUAACGCAAACUGCUGCCAAAUGUCUUUUCUUCAUCGAAUUGAUGCAUGACGAUCCUAAAAAAAAUGUGCGCAGGUGUGGAGUAUCAACUUUUGAGCAAAUCGACUCCGCCUUCGGAUAUAAAGAUUUUCUUGACCGUACCAUUCUUAUCAACGAACCAGGGUUUUACACAAACGGGGUGAUGCGGCUCCGGUUUGGAGUUCAACCAUUGGAUAACUGGAAUUACAGAAUCGAUUCGAAAAUUGACUGUUGUGAUAAUGAGAUAGGCGAAGCAGAGUCCUAAAUUUUAUCCUGGAAGCAGCGUUUUUACAGCAUAUAUUCGAGUAGCUGUAAUAGAUGGCGUAUGCCGACUAAAUGCAGGAUAAGGAAUGGCUAAUUUAUUUCAGUUGUUAGCGUGUGAGGUGGAUUAUACUUAUUCUUGUGUAUAUACAUCAACGAAUAAAUAUUUUAGUGAAACUUCUCUUGGUAGCCAACCAAACUGCGUUCAGAUAAUGAAAUCCCUAGAACAUGUUUCAUAGUUGACACCACAGAGCCGCUAUUUUCAUCUGGGCUAUUGUUCAUCUCAUCGAAUUUGAUGUACUAUUUUUUACUGUUAAUGCAAAUAAAGCAAUUUUUAUGUAGCCCAUGAAAAUUCGUAUUUUUGAUAUUUAUGCCAAACACCAAACAUUUUAAUAAAGUUUACAAUAAUUAGACAUUCUUAAGGUUCUUGUAUG